GGAAAAUAAACAUUGCAACAAUCAUUACCACAAGCACAGCAGAAGAAAAUUAGGACGCGACAGGGAGCCGGUGCAAGGGUAUACCAAAUAUUAAUACUACUCAUUAAAGAAGUGCAGCAUUUGUUUGACAACGUUGGUUUACUUGAAGAUAACAAGAUGAGUAGAAGACAGACACCCAAUGAAUUUCUACAGCAAAUUAUUGGUCGACCUGUUGUUGUGAAACUGAAUUCUGGUGUUGAUUACAGAGGUGUUUUGGCAUGUUUAGAUGGUUAUAUGAAUAUUGCUUUAGAGCAGAGUGAGGAAUAUCUUAAUGGUCAGCUGAAGAAUAAGUAUGGUGACGCCUUUAUUAGAGGUAAUAAUGUACUCUAUAUUUCGACACAGAAGAGACGUAUUUAAGUGAAUGAGUAACAUAGUUUUGAACAGUUUAUAAUUUCAGUUUGUAUGUUAUUAUUAACACUAAGAAAUUGUUCUUCAUACUAUAAAACAAAGCAGUUUUGUUAUAAAAAAUGUGAAAUAUGCAUUCUCUCAAAUUAUUUGACUAUUGAAAAGUUAUAAUACCUACCUUUAAUCAAAGUUUAUUUUUUUGUUUGACCCAAACAAGUUGUGAAAGCUGCUUGCAUGUAUUCUGUAUUAUAAUUUUUGUUGUUUGCAAUAUUUUUCAGUAUUUGAAUUACUGUGUCACCUCACAAUGAAAAGUUAUUUUAAUUUGAGAUUUUUAGUAAUUAUACCCUGUGAAUUUAUCAUAAAUGGAAUGAGUUUAGCAUUUAUAGAGAUUCAGGAGCAGGAUAUAUGAUUUAUGUUCACUGACUUUGUCACAAUUAAUUUUGGUGCAAUUCAGUUAAGGUGGUGAAAAUUUACUAGCAACAUUUGUGCAACUUGGAAUAUAUUGUAUGUUUCAUUCCAUUGGUGGUCCUACUUUUCAAAAAGUAGUUAAGCAUCAUGACAAAUUAUUAAAUUUUUGUAAUGUUUUAUAUUAACAUGAGAUUAAAUGAUGUGAUUCUGGUUA